GCCGCCCCCGUGGCCGUCAGAGAUCCCGUUUCUGUCCAAUCCCCUUCUCCCGCUGCCUGGUCGUCGACAGCAGCUCCCGGAGUCCCGACCUCCUCGGCCGGCCCAGCGGCCUUCGCACCACCACCCACCACGACCCUCCCUCCCUCCGGUUCCUUUCCUCCAGAGACCCGGCUGGCUUCAUCCCACCCCGGCCGGUUACAUCGCGCCGCCGCCUCACUAGACGAAUCUGAAUAGCCUUCUGCCAGCAGUAUGGAGCAACACCCAAAGAUUAAUAUCUUGAUCUCCAUCCUCCAAUUUGUUCUGGUUGCCUUCUCGGCGACUUAAGAAAUGCAAAGCACUAGCACAAGGAAGCUGCUAGCAUACUGAAUCUGCUUUUCCAGCUUAUUAUUAUUUUGGUUAGGACAAAUGAGUAGUGACAGACAUAAUCCUGGAUGGCAAAGCGAAGGAGAAGUUCGAAGGAUAAACCAAAUGGAGCAAUGGUCAAAAGAAAGAGACCAAGUUCUCAGUUGAGCGACUUACCCAUGGAUAUAUUAUGCCACAUCAUAUCAUUGUUACCGUUAAAAGAGGCUGCGAGGACAAGCAUUGUAUCGAAGCACUGGAGAUAUGUUUGGUGUAGCCGAACAAACUUGGAGUUUUCUUUUAGAUCAGUGAUGCGAAGGAGUUAUAAAGUAGGACCUUUUAUUCUCCAUCCUAUACAAGAAGUUCUUAAGAGAAUUGAUGCAGUCUUAAAACAACACUCUGGAGUAGGGGUUGAGAAAAGGGAAGUUGAUUUUUCACUAAACGAUGAACAUGCUAAUCACAUUGAUAGAUGGCUGAACUUUGCUAUUGCAGCAAAGACAAAUCAGCUUAUUCUUAAUUUUACAUCUGUGCAUCCUAUAAUGGAACACUACAAGUUCCCUUUUCAGCUUUUCGAUGCUACCAAGAGUUCCAUCUUCCAAUCGUUGACACUUGGUUCUGUUUCUCUAAAUAAGCCUGCAAACUUCAAAGCUUUUCUAAACCUUAAAAAGCUUAUGUUAAUGGAUGUAAAUAUUACCGACGAAGAACUUCAACUUCUGUUGUCCAACUGCAAUGUUUUGGAGUUUCUUGGAGUUGCUCGUUGUCGAAUGCUCACAGCCAUUAAGACACCUCAACUCUCAGACCACUUUAAGCAUUUGCGUGUCUUUCACUGCCCCUUGCUUCAAGAGAUAAAGUUGAAUUAUGGCUUGACAACACUUGAAUAUAAAUACGAAGGUCCAUCGAUACCGAUAGCACCUCCUGUAACUUUGACAAACUUAAGCAUAGAGUCAUCAGAUGUUUGCUCAGCUCUUGCAUAUAUCUCCACUGAAUUGCCCAGUACGGUGCGUCGACUGGAGAUGAUGUCUCUAAAAUGUGAAGAACUUGAGAGAGCUAUUUUACCGGAGAAGCCUCUCAAAUUUAUCCAUCUAAGGCACCUGAGAUUGGAAAUAACCUUUUUAUCCCUGACGAAAAGGAAGUCCGAUGUCCUUGAUUUUGCCUCCGUUUUGGAGGCUGCUCCUUUAAUGGAAAAGCUGGAGUUUCAUAUGUGGAUGGACUGUGAAUGUGUACGAUACCGCAAGCUUGAUGGCAAGCUAAGGAGCCUCCCCCCAAAGCCAUACUCCCAUCUCAAGUUGGUGGAUAUUACAGGAUUUUAUGGUGAGAAAGAUCAGCUGGAGUUGGCGCUUCAUAUCCUCAAGAAGUCUGUCGCGCUGGAGGCAAUGACGAUUGAUCCAAAGCCAACGGUAGCUGCUGAGCAGUGUCGUCUGACAUGGAAAAAAGACGGGUUUUCUUACGUGGAUGGCUAUAGAGUUGCGAAGAAAUACCUUCUCAGAGCAGACCGCCGCGGCGUUGUUGACGUUGUAAAAGCCGGUCAUAAGGAUAUUGAAGCUCUAAGGAACGCUCCGUAUAAGAUGCCUCAAGAAGCUAAAUAAGCUUUGUUUUCAUGGAGCAGGUCAUCCUCAAGAAGCUAAAUAAGCUUUGUUUUAAUCGAACAGAUGCCUGGUGUACCUGGUUGUUUAAUACCUUUUCGUGUAGCUCGUUUUGUGGACAUUUUUUUUCCAUGCAUGACUCGCACAGCUGCGUUUCUUUCAGUUCAGUUUGGUUCCCAACUUGGCAACU